AGCCGCACCCCCCCGAGCCCCUGGCCCCCCCAAACCGUGCGCUCUAGGGCCCCCUCCCCGCGCCGCUGCCGCCGCCCCGGGGGAUGCCCUGGGGCUCCCCGCCAGGAUGCAGCCCCCCGCCCUGGCUGCCCUCACCCUGCUGGCCUCGCUGCAGCUGCUGGAGGUGCGAGGGGAGGGCACAGCUGGGUCCCAGGUGCUGAGCCCCGCCCCCAGGGACCAGCCCCCCCGGCCUGGCCGCCCCGUCCCCGCCGGGCCCCAACCCCCCCGCCUGGAGAAGCGCAGCCGGACCCUGGCCCGUCGGGGGCAGCGAGCACCCAAGGCAGCCAGCCCCCACGUGUGCGGAGUGACCUGCUGCCCAGGCUGGAGCCUGGCUCCCAAAACCCAGAAGUGCACAAAAGCCAUCUGCACCCCAAAGUGCCGCAAUGGGGGGCUAUGCCAGGAGCCCCAAGUCUGCACCUGCCGCCCGGGGUUCGCUGGCCGCCGGUGUGAGCAACUGGUGCCCCCUGAACCCCCCUUGGGGCUCCCCCCAGGGCCCAGUCCCCGCCCGACCAGCGCCUCCGCCCCGCGCCCCACAGCCCCCAACGCUAGGAGGGCAGCGUCCGUGCACUGGCAGCCGCUGACGCUGGCAGAGCUCCAGGCCGUGCUGCGGCGCCGGGCCGCUGGCCCCACGGACAAGAUGGCGUCGGUGCUGGCCAAGCACCUGGAAGCCCAGCGGGGCCGGGCCGCCCGCCCCGCGCCCCCCCCCAGCACCCGGCCCCCCAAGAGCGGGCAGACCCUGCACCGCAGCCCUCGGCCUGUCCUGUGCCCCCUGCUCUGCCAGAACGGGGGGGUCUGCAUCAAGAAGGACCAGUGUCUCUGCCCCCCCAGCUUCACCGGCAAGUUCUGCCAGAUCCCGGCCCCCCGGCCCCAGCCCCCAGCCCCAGCGCAGAAGGAAGACAGCCCAGGGGGGCCGCAGCCCCUCACCAAAUCCGUCUACACCCUGCCCCUCGCCAACCACCAGCAGGAGCGGGACGGUGCCCUGUCCAUGGUGAACGUCCACGUGCAGCACCCCCCCGAGGCCUCGGUGACCAUCCACCAGGUGGAGCGGGUGAGUGAGCCCAGCGCCCCGGGGCAGCCGCCCGCCAACGCCCUCUACACCGUCCUGGCCCAGAGCAGCCCCCACGCCAGCGGGUACCACGAGGACGCCGGCUACGGGUACUGCUUCCGGCAGCUCCACGCCGGGGAGUGCAGCGCCCCCCUGCCCGGCCUGCGGACUCAGGACGUCUGCUGCCACGGUGCCGGCGUGGCCUGGGGCGUCCACGAGUGUCUGCCCUGCGCCACCCAGACAGCGAAUGCACCCGCCCUGGGGCGGCAGGAGGCCCCGUGCCCCAAAGGCUUCCAGCGGGUCAAUGGCUCCUGCCAGGAUGUGGACGAGUGCCGGGAGGGCGGGUUCUGCCAGAACGGGCUUUGCACCAACACGCCCGGCAGCUUCUCCUGCCUCUGCCACACGGGCUACAUCCUCGACUCCUCCCGCAGCAGCUGCAUCUCCCACCACGUGAUCUCGGAGGCCAAGGGCCCCUGCUACCGGGUCCUGCGGGACGGGGCCUGCUCCCUCCCCACCCUGCGCAACAUCACCCGGCAGAUCUGCUGCUGCAGCCGGGUCGGCAAGGCCUGGGGCUGGGGCUGCCAGCGCUGCCCGCUCUUCGGCUCCGAUGGCUUCAAGGAGAUCUGCCCAGCGGGUCCCGGCUACCACUACUCCGCCUCCGACCUGCGGUACAAUGCCCGGUUCCUGGGCCCCGACCAGCCCCGCGUGCCCGUCGGCCGCCAGCAGGGGGCGCGCACGGCCGCCCCGCCCGCCACGGCCCGCUGGAGUGCCCAGCCCCCCGCAACCCUGCCACCUGCCCCCAAAGCUGCCCAAGAGGGGCCGACCUCAGAGCCCAGCAGCGUGUGUGAGCGGAACCCCGAGAUCUGCGGCCCGGGGCGGUGCGGCCCCCGCCAGGGCGGCUACACCUGCCUCUGUCACCCCGGCUUCUGGCUCAGCACCCAGGGCACCCACUGCAUCGACAUGGACGAGUGUCGGCAGAGCCCGCACCCCUGCGCCAAUGGGCACUGCGAGAACACCGUGGGGAGCUACCGCUGCGUCUGCGCCCCCGGCUACCGCGCUGCCCCGCCGGGCACCGAGUGCCGAGACAUCGACGAGUGUGCCCAGAGCCCCCGCCCGUGCGCCCAGGGCCGUUGUGAGAACACGCCCGGCUCCUACCGCUGCGUCUGCCCCACCGGGUACCAGCCCAACCCCCCUGGCACCAGCUGCACUGACAUCGACGAAUGCGCCCAGAUCCCCCGCCCGUGUGCCCAGGGCCUCUGCGAGAACACGGCCGGGAGCUACCGCUGCACCUGCCCCCGGGGCUUCCGGGCCAGUCCGGCCGGCAGCGAGUGCCUGGACGUGGACGAGUGCCGGCAAAGCCCACGGCCCUGCAGCUACGGGCGCUGCGAGAACACGCCCGGCGGGUAUCAGUGCGUCUGCCCGGCCGGCUUCCGGCUCGACCCCCAGCAGCACCACUGCCAGGACAUCGACGAGUGCGAGAACCACCUGGCCUGCCCGGGGCAGGAGUGCGUCAACUCGCCCGGCUCCUUCCAGUGUCUGCCCUGCCGGGAUGGGCACCGGCUCCAUAACGGGCACUGCACAGACGUUGACGAGUGUGCGACAGGCUCGCCCUGCGGCCCCCACGGCCGCUGCUCCAACACCGAGGGCUCUUUCCGCUGCCAAUGCGGCCCGGGGUACCGGGCGGGCGCGCCGGGGGGCCCCUGCGCAGAUGUCAACGAAUGCCUGGAGGGCGAGUUCUGCUUCCCGCACGGCGAAUGUCUCAACACCGACGGCUCCUACACCUGCCUGUGUGCCCCGGGCUUCGCCCCUGCGCCAAGCGGCACCGCCUGCCUCGACGUUGACGAGUGCCAACACGGGGGGGUGUGCGAGGGCGGGCACUGUGCCAACACGGACGGCUCCUUCGACUGCCACUGCCGGGCCGGCUUCCGGGCCAGCCCCGACAAGCACGCCUGCCAGGAUGUGGACGAGUGCCAGCAGUAUGGGGGCGCCCUCUGCGGGGCCCAGCGCUGCGAGAACCAGCCCGGCUCCUACCGCUGCGUCCCCGCCUGCGAGCCGGGCUACCGGGCCGGUGCUGCCGGGGCCUGUGUCGAUGUGGACGAGUGCCAGGAGUACGGGGGUGCCCUCUGCGGGGCCCAGCGCUGCGAGAACCAGCCCGGCUCCUACCGCUGCGUCCCCGCCUGCGAGCCGGGCUACCGGGCCGGUGCUGCCGGGGCCUGUGUCGACGUGGACGAGUGUGCGAACGGGACGCUGUGCGGGGACCACGCCAUGUGCCACAACCUGCCUGGCUCCUUCCAGUGUCUCUGCGACCAGGGCUACGAGACUGCCCGUGACGGGCGCCACUGCCAGGAUGUGAACGAGUGUGAGACGCUGCAGGGCGUGUGUGGGGCCGAGCUCUGCGAGAACGUGGAGGGCUCCUUCCUCUGCAUCUGCCCCAGCAGCGCCCAGGAGUUUGACCCCAUGACGGGGCGCUGCACCCACCCGCCCAGCCCCCCCCAGCGCCCCGGUCGCCUGCCCGCCCCCCAGCCCGAGCCCGAGCCUGGAGCGCCCGUGCGGGACCCCAGCCGCCAGGAGUGCUACUAUCAGGCCUGCGAGAAGGUGCUGGCCAGGAACGCCACCCGCCAGGAAUGCUGCUGCAGCCUGGGGCACACCUGGGGCACGGCCUGCCCGGCCCAGCCCUGCCCCCACCCGGGCACAGUGGAGUACCAGGCCCUGUGCCCCCGUGGGAACGGCUACGCCGCACCAGGACCCCUCGCCGCACUCACAGACAUGGACGAGUGUGCACUAUUCAACACCCAGCUGUGCCGGGGGGGCGUCUGCGUCAACAAGGCCCCCGGCUACGCCUGCUACUGCCCCAAUGGCUACUAUUACGAGACGCACCACCUGGAGUGCAUUGAUAAUGACGAGUGUCUUGACGAGGAGGCAGAGCCCUGCGUGGGCGGGGGCUGCGUGAACACCAUCGGCUCCUUCUACUGCGCCUGCACCCCCCCCCUCGUGCUGGACGGGUCCCAGCGCCGCUGCGUGGCCAACGACAGCCAAGCCCUGGACGAGAACCAGGCCGUGUGCUGGCAGGAGGUGGGGCCGGACCUGGUCUGCAGCCGCCCGCGCCUCGACCGGCAGGUCACCUACACCGAGUGCUGCUGUCUGUACGGGGAGGCCUGGGGCAUGGACUGCGCCCUGUGCCCCGCCCGAGACUCAGAUGACUUCGAGGCUCUGUGCAACGUCCUGCGCCCCCCGAGCUACGGCCCGGCCCGGCCUGGCCUGGGGCUGCCCUACGAAUACGGCCCCGAGUUCGUCCCCGGCUACGGGCUGCCCUACGGCCCCGAGCUGUUUGCCAGCUCCGCGGCGCGGGGCCCCCAGCCUGGCCUGCGCCCCGACUAUGACCCCUACGCCCUGGGGGGCUACGCCGGGCGCCACGACUCGCUCUACAGCUCCCCCACCUACGAGGCCGGCGACUUCGAGGACGUGGCCUACGUGGGCCGCCCGGAGGAGCCGCCCGCCCCCUACCGGCGGCCUGACGCCCCCCGCACCUACCGGCCCCGCAGCCCCCCGGACCCUGAGCCCGGCCCGGCCUGGAACUACCCCCCCAACCCUGCCAGCCCCUUCCCCGAGCAGCCGGGCCAGGCCAGCGAGACCCACGCCGAUCGGUUCGAGGGGCUGCAGGCCGAGGAGUGCGGGGUCCUGAACGGCUGCGAGAACGGACGCUGCGUCCGCGUCCCCGACGGCUUCACCUGCCACUGCCAUCCCGGCUUCCGGCUGGACGCCGCCCACAUGGCCUGCCUGGAUAUCGACGAAUGCGCCGAGGCCGAAGGCCCCCCCGCGCUCUGCCUCAACGGGGGCUGCCUGAACACGGACGGCUCCUACCGCUGCCUCUGCCCCCGCGGCUACGUCCUCACCCCACCCCCCCACUCCUGCAUCCCCGCCCGGCCCCAGGCCUGAGGGGCAGCUGGAGAGCCCGUGCCGGGGGGCGGGGGCAGGGAGGUAUUUAUUGUGUGGCUCUAGGGCUGCCCACCCCCUGGGAACAGGGGGCAUGGGCCCCCCGGGGGGGUGAGUCCCCAGGGGUUGGAGCCAAGGGAUUCCCCCCCGGGGCGUGAACCCCGGGCCCUUCUGUGCUGAGCCCAGCCUGCCCCUGGGGCUCAGGGAGCGACUCCAGCCGGCAGCACUAGGAGGCUGUUACCCUGUUGUCCUCUCCAGCUGGCUGACCCUGUCGUGGGGGGGGGAGUCACUGUCCAUCCCCGGGGGCCUCAUGAGGCUUCUCUCCAGUCAGUGGGCCCCCCCAGCCCCCUCGCCUAGACCCCCACAGCCCUCUGAGGUGAUUUGCCCAGCGGCCCACCCAGCCAGGACCCCCAAGGCUCCGGGUGGGGUGACAGGUGUGGGGCUCCCCCCAGAGCAGGAUGGGGAGAUGGGGGGGCCCCCAGGGACAGAGGGGGUCACAGGAGGCAGGUGGCUACUGGAGGGUGCCUUGGCCAAGCGUUCCCCACGGGGUGGGGUACCCUGGGCCUGUGUGUUGCGGGGCUGGCGUCCAAGUUACUCCUCUUCCCUCCCCUGGGAGAACCAGCCUCACCCUCCCGCAUAGCCCUGGGGGCCCCAGCCUGGCGGGAGGGUCUGGGGGGCUCGGGGCCCACUGGUGAGGGACGGGGUUCUCCGUGCACUUGGCCCUGGGAAUGGGGCAUCUGCCGGCGGCUGGUGGGAAGCGAAGAGUUAACAGCACGUGGCUCCAGGGCGCCCCCACCCCGCUCAGGCCAGCAGCACCCUGGCCCCCCCUCAGCCCCGGGGGGUUGCUAUAGCUCCCGGCCCCUGGGUCUCGUCUCCCCCCCUUGUUACAGGAAUAAAGGUUUUCUAUAAAAGGAA